AUGUCCAAUCCAAGUUACCAGAAGUAUCACAAUAAUGUAAAAAAGCACACCGAAGAUUUGGCUUUUGAUGCAUUGAUCGAUGCUGGCAAAGAAGAAGCUGCGUUAGCUAUAAUGGAAAAUAAUGUGAACGAAAAAGGAAUUCCAUUAAUUACAGUGAUAGCUGAUGGCGCAUGGUCGAAGAGAUCUUAUAAAAGUGGCUAUAAUGCUUUGUCUGGUGUAGCGUCUAUCAUCGGGUACAGGACCAAAAAAGUUCUUUUUAUGGGUGUACGUAAUAAACACUGUUCAGUCUGCCAAAAAAAUGAAAAUGGCGUAAAAGAAUCUCCAUCUCAUCAGUGUUUUAAAAAUUGGGAUGGGACUUCUACUGCCAUGGAAUCCGAUAUAAUUGUCGAGGGAUUCUGUCAAAGUGUAACUAUGCAUAAUUUAAUAUAUAGAAAAUUUGAGAAGAAAAAAAAAUGUAUUGCUGGACCAGAUGAAGAUUAUGGAGCUGUAGACAUUGGAAUAGGUAUAAUUGAUAUGCCACUCGAAGAAUACGAUGCCAAAAAAAAUGCAUUUUUAAAAAAAAUCUAUUUAACCGUCGAUGAAAUAGUUAAGAUUGAAAGAAAUACUAUCGGACAACAAGAAAAUGACGAUUGGAAAAAAUUUAGAAAACAACGACUCACGGCAUCAAAUUUUGGCAAAGUAUGUAAAUUAAGACCUACUACUUCGCGAGCGAAUACUGUAAAAUAUAUUUUAUAUGAUAUUUUCCAAGGAAGUUCUUCUACUAGGUAUGGUAUUGAAAAUGAAUCAGUUGCCCGAAAUGCAUUCCAAAAAACCAUAAAGGAAAAAAUCGAACCAUCAGGAUUGUUCAUUCAUAAAAGUAAGCCAUAUCUCGCAGCGAGUCCUGACGGGUUAAUAGGCAAAGACGGUAUCAUCGAAAUAAAAUGUCCUCCAAGCAUAAAAGAAUAUACUCCAGAAGAAGCAGUAGAUAAAAAAAAAAUAAAAUACAUGAUAUCCGAUGGUAAAAAAGUGACUCUAAAAAAAACUGAUAAUUAUUAUUAUCAAGUUCAAGCGCAACUAAAUAUUACAGAGAGGAACUACUGUUAUUUUGUUGUGUGGACUCCGAAAGGUUUUAUAGUAGACAAAAUAAAAAAAGACGUCGAAUUUUGGAAUUCAAAAAUCGAACCGUUUGUAACGACAUUUUACAUGGAUUCUUUAUUGCCUGAAAUAAUUGAUCCGAGAUUUGACCGAGGACUACCAAUUAGGUCCGGUAUAUCAGAAAAGAAGCUGUCUUGA